AGGCAAAGGCUUGCAACUGAAUGCUGCCCAAGAUGUUCUGACUCAGGGGUGAACCCCUGAGGAAGGGACUUUCACGAAGAUGCCCCUGCAUUUCGUGAUAUACCUGUGGUGAAGCGAGUCUUGUCCCUGCUGGCAGUCCACAGCUUUACCAUGAACAUGUACCUGUUUGUGUACGACUUAAUGCAAUUCUGUGGACAUUCAUGGAUAUUUACAAAUAUGAUCAUCAGGUUCAUGACAUUUGGAAAAGAUUCGUUGGCUGACACAUUUUACUCCAUAGGACUUGUAAUGCGUGUUUGCCAAUUGUUAUCUAUACUGGAGAUCCUGCACAUCCUCACUGGCAUUGACAAAAGCCGUCUCCUCCCCAGGUUUUUGCAGAUCACUGAGAGAAUAAUUGUUUUAUUUGUCGUGAUCAACAGUCAGGAAGAAGUUCAAGGGAAAUAUGUCGUGUGUGUUUUAUUUUUCCUUUGGAAUUUAUUAGAUGUGGUCAGAUACACUUACAGCAUGUUGGCAAGGAUGGGAAUAUACUACCUACCAUUGACAUGGCUCAACUUCUCACUGUGCAUCCCACUUUAUCCCCUUUCAGUUCUGGCUAAAGCAUUUGCAAUUUGUGUAUCACUGCCUUAUUUUGAAUAUUUUGGCACAUACUCCAUCAAGCUACCAUUUCCAUUCGCCUUCUCAAUCUACUUCCCCUAUGUUCUGAAAAUGUACCUGCUAGUGCUCUUUACAGGUAUGUGCUUUAUCAUCCAGAACCUCUUCUCCGAGAGAAAGGCACACCUAGGGACAGGCAACAUCAAAACCAAAAGAAGCUAAGUCGAUACUUUGUUUCGAAAUACAAAAUAUACUCCUAGUGGACUGCUGCAUAUCAUAAGUUGAAAAGAAAUUAGACGAAGAUUUUUCAAUGCAACGCUCCUCUUUGCGUGUACAUCAUCUGGCUGUGUAGAAUUUUCAGAAAGGCAGGUCUCUUGAAUGCACCUCAAAAAUGGAGCAACUUCGGAAAACUUUUGAAAGUUUUAACUAAAAAUUACUGGAGUUUUUGAUAUUAAUAUAUUUUUCUAACAUAUAUUAGAGAAUUCUGAACAAACUGAAGAGUGCCUCCACUCACAGUCACACCAACAAACCUUAUUUCGGUAUUAAUUCUUACCUCAUUGGCAACAAAUACUCUGUAAUGACAAUUACCAUUUAAUCCGUUAAGAUUACUUUAUAUUAGGCCAACAUGUAUGUGCCUGAUAUAUAAAAGUUAAAAAGGCUGGAACUGGAUCUCUCAAGGAGAAGCCAGAACCUUUGCAACCUAUGAGACUCACAUGCUGAUUAGCCCCAGGCACUCACAUUCUGGCCCAUUCUUCACUUAACAAAAGAAGAUUCCAGUACAUGCAGCUAAACCAGAAAGGCAAGUGAUCAGGUAUUCAACUACUAUAUAUUCAAGGGGAUAUUUAAGGAUCAGAAAUAAAUACUUAUGAUCAUGUAUCUGCCAUGACUUGCCCCUCUCCCCUCAAUGAUUUUCUCCCAUGCUGAACAGCAGACAGAUGUGUGCAAAAGAAGUGGGAUACAGUCAGCCCAAAUACAUGUUGCUCUUUAAAGGGAACUGAAUGACUACCAAAAACCAUGUGCAAAAAUUUAGGCAUUUUACUCAAUUGCAUUGCUCCUCAUACUUCUGCAGGACUAUCUGUGAGAAUGCAACUAGAUCAUUGGCUCUUCAGAGGUUGGGAAUUAAGAAUAAACAGCAACACAGUGGAUUGUACAGGCAAAAGUAGCCAAAUAACUCAUUUUGGCUGGCAGGGGCUUUUCUGAUGUUUUAUUUGUAUUGAUUAUCACCUGCAUUUCAAUUCAAAUAGGUGGGGCAGAAAAGUGAGGCUAACUUUUUGAGCUUGACUGAAAACUGUGGGGAGGGAGGCAAGAUAAUAGUAGGAGAGAAUAUAAUAGGAAAAUAAACACUAUCACAAUAUGAAGAGGCAUUUGCCUGUAAGACUUUUUAAACCACGUAGCCUAAGAAGUUCUAUAAGGAAACAGAGAAGCUAAAGUAAUGUGUUAUGAAAGGUCACCUACUAUAAUUUUUAUAUAUUUAAUAUCUGUGGCAGGCAAUGCCUGCAGACUAUUGUGACCACUCUAUUUGCAAACCAUAAGCAACAAGAUCAUGCAUGCAAUAGUAUAGGGUCAACUCUGGAUUCUUUUUUUUCAAAGCACUGGAAACAGAUAGGAAUUUGGAACUUACUAGACAAACACAAGUACUUCCACUUUGGACUUCUGUCUAAUCCAAACUGAUUCCAGUGUGAACAACA